CACCUUUGAAGAACACCGGAAAUGACGCUGACGUCAACGUUUGUUUGCUUAUGGCUGUUCGGUGUAAAGUGGUGCUGACCGCCAGAGCAAGGUGUUUCAGUUUGUAUGUGUUGUGGAGCUUUUCUGUGCCCAGUUAAAAACCCGGCAUCCGUACUAUGAACCUCUUGAUAUCGAGAGCCAAAAAGCAACAGCGAAGGGUGAAGACAAGAGAUUAAACGCGAUCUAGAAGCGGACAGGCCUUCUGAGGGGCGAGGGGAAGAGAGGGAGUUGCCGGCCACUUACAGUGCUGCUGGACUGAGACCAAAGUGUCGGGCGAGAGCAAUUACGAGUCCAGAAAGCUGUGAAGGAUAUAACGUAUAGUGGCAGGCAACACUGAGUAGAGACUGGACAAAAUAAAAUAUAAUAAAUAAGCAGUUUAGUAUUUCAAUAAAAAAAAUUGGAAGAAGGAUUAUUAACUCCAGGAUUUGCAGAUAACGAGAACCCCUGGACUUGGCUCAGUAAAUUGGUGUUGUAUUUUAGCAGUGGGGCUGGAGAACCAGCGUGUGGAAGAAGCGGUGACAUUUUACGCAUGGUUCUUUUAUGAAGUAAAUUUGGAAUUUGCAAUGUCGGGAUUUAAAUAUUGAAUAACUUGCGACAUCAAGGAGGGACAAAAACACUUUUAUCAGAAUUUGUAAAGGGGGAAUAAAACAUUGCAUAAACCCAAAAAAAGGUGAAAGAAGCUAGGAAUCUUGGACUAGUCAUCGCGAAGGUGGCUUUGGCCCGAUCCACAGAUUAACUCGAGUACGCUUAUUGCUUAGUUAAACGUUCUGUGCUCUGAUUUAUCGUUGGUCUUCAUUGCCUGGCCUGGCACAUCCAGAAGAUGUUUCGAUAUUGAAUAUGGGUGGCAGCGGGUCCAAAUCACGUGGAUUCUGGCCGUUUUCUGGCUCUGGAACGAGUUCCGAUCCACCCUGUGCUGCCAAUGAGCAGUCCCUGGCCAGGCUCCGGGCUUCUAGGACAGCCACCCCCUUUGUCUUCGUCAGAAGGAGCUCCUUGUACUUUGAUGAGGAUGGUGAUUUGGCUCAUGAGUUUUAUGAGGAGACAUUUGUGAUGAAGAAUGGUCGCAAGAAGGCAAAGCUAAAGCGAAUUCAAAAAAAUCUUAUACCUCAGGGUAUAGUGAAGCUGGAUCAUCCCUGCAUCCAUGUGGAUUUCCCAAUAGUUCUCUGUGAAGUUUGAAAUAUGGAUGUCAUGAGGAAGGUCUUUUACUGGUUGCCUUCAGAUUUACCCCAAAAAGCCCAACUCGGUUUUACUUUUUCUCUAGAACCUCCAUCAGUACCGUGUUGUGUCCUGGAGAGCUUGCAUGUUAUCCUGGGUGCCAUCUCUCAUAUCCUGCAUUCUUGGCUAAAUGACCAGGUAUCUCCUCACAGACUUAUAAAAAGGUAAAAAAACUCUUCCUUCCCACUCUAAUGAUGUAAAGGAUCUCGACACCCUGCAAAUGUUUGACUGAGGAUCGAUCCCCAUGUGUCUAAUGCAGCACCUGUUUUAACUGUGUUUACCAUGCAGACUUGAUUACUGAGAAGGAGAAAAGCAGGCAGGUGGUGGGGAUGAUGGGGGCAUACAAUGCACGAUUGGAGCUUAUUGCUUAUGCACAGCUGUUAAUCUGUGUUUGGGAAAUACACUUUAAAAAUCUUUGAAGGUAAGACUUUUUGGGGAGAAGACUAUUUUAGGAAAAGGUGUCUAAUUAUGACAGGUCUGGAGGUUCAGUUUGUUAGUUAAACUGUAUCUUUCACUAUUACUGAUUGUGGUAAAUGCAAAAAUUUGAAUCAUCAAUACAAAAGUUCCUGAAUUGCAGUCAGUUGAUGGGGGGGAUUAUUAGGGCAUACAGUGUACGUUUGGAGCUUAGUGUUUAAGCACUACUGUUAAUCUCUGUUGGGGUGUAAAACCAUCACAAGUCUUUGAAAGUAACACUCUAUUGGGAGAAGACUAUUUAGAAAGAUGCUGAUUAUGACAUGUCCAAAGGUUUAUUUUAAUGAAACUGUAGCUUUUCCUAUACUGAUUGUGUUAAAUUCAAAAAUAUGAAUUAUCAGUGUACUGGUUUUUGAUUUGCUUUGGAUUAUUUAUUUUUGGCUCCCUCUAGUGGUGCAUGUCCAUGGUAAGCACUGAAAACAUACAGAUGAGUAUGUCAAGUUGGAUGUGCAUCAACAUUAUUUUUUUGGGGUGGGUUUAUGUACCUUGGUUUUGCGACCUUGCGUUUGCCUACAGAUUGUACCAUGUGUAAAAUCAGAGAUAUAUGGUUCAUCACACAAUUUUUAAAAAAGUUCUAAAACGUACGCAUAACAUUUUCCCUUUUCCAGCACUAUCCAAAUGUUUUUUAUUCUAAAAUAAAGCAAAACAAGAAAAUGCAAGGUAAAUGACCCCUUUUCUACUUUACAGCCAUUGUUAAGUGUUUAUUUUUUAUAACUAUUUAUUUUUUCUUUAAAACUGUGAAAGUUUAUAAUUGAGCUAAGAAAACUGGGGUCAUACUACCUCAGAGUUUCUGCAUAAGUAUGUUUCUUUCAAGCACUAGGAUGUGAUUGACUUUUCAUUUAUUUAAAUAUGUUGCCAGGACAGCUUUGUUUUCUUUUGCCCUUCUUUCUUAGCAAUGGCGAGAUGCGCUUUAAACCUAAGAAACACAGAAAAUCAAGUCGUUAUUUUUAUCAAAAUACAAUUUGAUCCUUGCAAGUUGUUAACCACCAUCCUUUAAAAUUUUCUCCACUACCUAGGAAUGUAUGGCUAGAAUACUUUACUCAAGGUUACUAUUUGGGGAAUAGUGAUGUGUUUUAUAACAGAAAUUCACAAUGUUUAAUUAUUUGCAAGCUACAGUUAAUUUAACCCCUUUGCAGGCCCUCUACUUUUGUAUCAAUGUUGUAUUUAUAUUAAAUAAACUUCUGAAA